GUUCUGUUUGCGCCCUGUUUUUGUUACCCCUCUCUCUCUCUCUCUCUCUCUCUCGGAGUUGCAGGUUUUGGGGGAAACACCGAAACUAAGUUGGAGAAGCGUCCUCUUCCCAUUCCCCUCCUUGGAAACUCUCUAAGGCGCCUCGUUUAAUAUCUCCCUCCUUUUCGCUUGACUCGUCUUAUUUAUGCUCAGAUUGGCCAUGAGCUUCUGCUUUAUAUCGGAGAAGAACUGGUUUGGGUUCAACCACACUGAUGGCCAUGAUUACUUCCGUUGAGCUCAAUUACCUUGUUUUUCGAUACCUUCACGAAUCAGGUUUCGUACAUUCAGCAUUUGCUCUUGGAUAUGAAGCUGGGAUUAAUAAAAGUACUAUAGAUGGAAAUUUAGUUCCACCUGGUGCUCUUGUAACUUUUGUUCAGAAAGGACUACAAUAUCUGGAGUUGGAAGCCAAUCUAAGCAACAGUGAUACAGAUGUUGAUGAUGACUUCUCUUUUCUGCAACCAUUGGAUCUUAUUACGAAAAAUGUCUAUGAGUUGCGACAAAUUAUAAAGGAGAAGAAAGAAAAUCUUCAGAAAGAUAAAGAGAAGGAGAAAGAGAAAGAAUAUGAUCAUGAGCAUGAACGUGAACGUGAACAUGUACGUGUAAGGGAGCGAGAUAGACAAGAGAGAGAGAAGGAGUUCGAGAGAGAACGAGAAAGGGAGAGAGAGCGUUUGGAGAAGGAACGUGUCAAGGAAAAGGAAAAGGAAAAGGAAAAGGAAAAGGAAAAAGAGAAGCAACAUGAAGAAUACAUUGAUAAGGAACUGGGCAAAGAUCGAGAAGAGAAACCCAAAACUAAACCCGAGGAGCAUGAAAAUGGUGGAGGACCUGAGCCUAUGGAUAUAUCUACUUCCUUUCCUUCAACCUGCGAGAUAGCCAGUUCUGACGUGACUAUUUUAGAAGGACAUACCUCCGAGGUAUUUGCUUGUGCCUGGAGUCCCACGGGAUCACUUUUAGCGUCAGGGUCUGGAGACUCAACUGCUCGAAUUUGGACAAUUUCAGAUGGCCCCUGUAGUGCUACUACACAAAGUGGGCCUUCCAAAUCGCUGGUUUUGAAGCAUUUCAAAGGACGAACUAAUGAAAAGAGCAAGGAUGUCACAACACUUGAUUGGAAUGCUGAGGGGACCCUUCUAGCUACAGGUUCUUAUGAUGGUCACGCAAGAAUUUGGACUAGAGAUGGAGAGCUGAAGAAUACAUUAACAAAGCACAAAGGUCCCAUAUUUUCCUUGAAGUGGAACAAGAAAGGUGACAGUCUAUUGAGUGGAAGCGUUGAUAAAACAGCUAUUGUCUGGGAUGUGAGGAGUGGGGAGUGGAAGCAACAAUUUGAGUAUCAUUCAGCAGCUCCAACCCUUGAUGUUGAUUGGCGCAACAAUGUUUCAUUUGCAACAUGUUCGACAGACAGCAUGAUUUAUGUUUGCAAGAUAGGAGAGAGAGCUCCUAUUAAGAUUUUCUCAGGCCACCAGGGUGAAGUGAAUGCCAUAAAAUGGGAUCCUACAGGCUCGUUAUUGGCUUCUUGCUCUGAUGAUUUCACUGCAAAGAUCUGGAGUUUGAAGCAGGAUAAAUGCUUACAUGAUCUAAGAGAGCACACAAAGGAAAUAUAUACUAUUAAAUGGAGCCCUACUGGCCAAGGUACCAACAAUCCCAAUCAGCAAUUGUUAUUAGCGAGUGCUUCAUUUGACUCGACGGUGAAGCUGUGGGAUGUGGAGCAAGGUGUUAUGCUGUCCAGCUUGAAUGGUCACAAAGAACCUGUGUAUUCAGUUGCAUUCAGCCCGAGUGGAGAGUUUCUGGCAAGCGGGUCGUUCGACAAAUGCAUACACAUCUGGUCCGUGAAGGAUGGGAGGCUUGUGAAGACUUACACAGGAAGUGGAGGGAUAUUUGAAGUGUGUUGGAACAAGGAGGGCGACAAGGUUGCCGCUUGCUUCUCCAACAGUACAGUCUGUGUUCUGGACAUCAGAAUGUAGAGAUUUGUGUAUGGCUAGCCCAUCCCCCAUCAAUUAUGUCCUGUGGUUUACCAGUUCCAUAAGAUUAUGCUCCAUUGGGAGGUUUCGCCUAGGUCAAUGGUGAUGGUGAUCUAGCACUUGGGGCACUAGUUAUUGUUUGUGUACCCCAUUAUGUAAAAUAUUGCCAUGCACAAUCACUGCAUUUGAUGUUAGUGUGCGCUCAAGAUUUGGUUCCACUAGCAAUCCAUGGAAAUCUCGUGUAAUGGCCCCUCUUCCUCAAGCCCAACUUUCAGGGAGAAAUUCGAUGUUUUAGAUAGUAGUUAAGACUAUGAGUGGUCCAUUAACCGCUCGUGUAGAUAACUGGGAGUUAUAUUUACUAAUAUUUAAUGUGUUUAUGGUUUUGACAGUAAA